AUGUACGCGGAUUCCGUCUAUUUUGGAGCUGACAAAUUACCAAAUGUCGCCGUGAACAAUGAUCGAUCAAGCGUCGCCCCCGAACACAGUGGACCUGCUCGCAGCCGCUCCGCGGAGAAAGGAACAACGACAGUGCCUUUACGACACACGCGGCCCCAGCACGACGUAAACAUGAGGAUACUUCCCCUAAUCGUUCUCCUGACGUGUUUGGCGUCGCAGGUGUCCGCUCGGGCGCAGGAUGAGGGUGAAGGGCGGGCGGCGCCCACGCGUGGGAUACUCAAGCGGGGCCUACUCACCAAGGGCAAACCGACCACGACAACCACCACACCCGCACCGCAGGACGAGGCCGAGUAUGACGACGAGGCAGAAUACGCGGACAGCGAGGCGCAGGAGCCGUCCACAGAGGCGCCUCCGUCCUCCACGGAGGGCAAGAAGUUGGUCUCCGGCGGCGUCCGCCCCUUCCGCAGCAACACGGACCUGCUCGAGGCACUGAAGAGACGGCGAGCGCAGGCUGCAGGAGCAAAGUUAACCGGACAGGCGUCUUCUGCUGUCUCCCAAUCUCAAGACUCGCCCGGUGAUGCUUCAUCCAAAUCUAGUUACAGUAAGAAACGUUUCAAUACAGCCACACGUGAGACUAACGUCGAAGACGCACCAGCGCCGGCCAAGCCCAGUAGAGGACGUUUCGGACGACCGGCAUCAAGAACAUUCCAAGAGUCCGAGGCGGAAGAGCAAAAUGAAGCUACCCCUCCCGCUAGAACUGGUAGGACGUUCUCCAGGCGAGGAGGGAAU